AUGUUACUUGCAGAGUUAGCAAUUCACGAUAUGGCAAUGUCAAGAGAUGUCACACCAAAGCCAGAAAUGGACACGCACCUGCGAGUCGAUAUCUACAAGUUUUUCGGCGCCACCCAGUUCCUGGGCCGCAAUGUUCUUGUGUUGAAGGAAAGGAUGAUUGCUAACCUGCAAGAUGCUGAAAAUGAAAGGAGGAAUGCGGCGAAGAACGAGAGCGAGAACAAGCGAGUUUUGGAAGAAUUAAGGAAAAAGAUACGAGAACUUGAGCAUAUGGCAAUGUCAGACAAGGGCACUGUGAUGAGAAAUGCUGAUGACAAAGAUGAUGCAGCAGGUGGGCAGGCAAAAGCCUCAGCAUUGCCUUCUACUCCAGCCCCAUCAGCACCCACCAACGCACCCACUGUGGCGGGAGCAUCUUCUACAGAGGGAAAGAAGAAGAAGAAGCGUGAUACGGAAUAG